UGGCAGCGCACGCUGACCGCACAAUGGUGCACAACAUCCGUUCCGUAGCCAUUUUGGGUCAAGUUGGCGAAUUCCCAGCCCUUCAUUGGAGUAUUACACAUGAUCCCUAGAAGGUUGCCCAGGAGAUCAGAAAUCAGGGACAGAGCUGUCCCCAGUCUACCUCGCGGCGUCCCACAGAGACGCGGACCGCGCUUCAUGUGACAGGUUGCGGCUACCCGACUCGGCGGCCGCGCUGCUCCACUUUCCAGCAUGGCGCCAGGCCCGCUGGACGGUCACGCGCCGCGGGUGCUGGGCCAGCGGCAGUGGGACGCGGCCGCGCGCGGCGGCGCGCCCGCAGGCGGUCAGCUGCGGGCUGUAGGCAGGCCUGACGCCCUGCACGCCCCGUCCGAGGAGUGGAUCGCCUUCCAGGGCCGCGCCUCUCACUUGCACAUCGGCGCCAGCGUUCCGCUGCAGCUGGAGAUGUGGCUUGCGGGCGGAGUCACGAAGGGCUUCUGGAGCGUGCUGGGGCUGUUCGGCGACGUCUGUGACCGAAUCGUCAGGGACGUCGGGGCGUUUGCGCUGCGGUCCGACAGGGGCAUCCACAGGUGCUUCUGCGGGAGCGAAGAUGCGGACGGCAUGUGGUCGGGGCUGCUGGUCCACAGCCCAUGAGCAGGGUGGCUCGUUCCAGCUCUGGCGCUGCGCGGGCGUUCGGCGCCACCCACUCCGUCGCGGCCAUCAGCGGUGCCUGGUGCACCGGCGGUCCACAACGGCGGGUAUCUUUGUCCAAAAUUAGCUACGGGGCUCAGGAAAUCGCGGUCAAGGGUGGCGCGCACCCCUCAAAGGAGACGAAGGAAGUCAUUAUCUCCGUCCGGAAGCUGAUGGAGGCAAUCGCUGUCGUUUGGGAGCUACAUCCCAGAGGGCUGGACCUUGCCAAGCUGGAGACCAUGGUUCACAGGAGGUACCUGGAGAUGGGGCAGGUAUGCGUCCUGGAAAGCCAAGGCAGCUCCACCCUCGUGCUCGGCUCAGCGCGCCGCGCGGGGGUAGCGUCGGUUCUGCCGCCAGAGCGCAUUCCGCCCAGCGCCUCGAAGUCGCUGAGCAGGCAGACGAGCAAGGCGGGCUUGCUGAGCGGGCUUGCUGAGUUGGGCCCGCCGAGGCCGGCGCUGAAGUUGCCGGAGCCUCGUGUCCUGAUGUGUGGCCGUGGCAGCGAUUGGUAUGGCAGGACUGCUGUCAGAGUCUCGCCUCAGGCGCGGAGCUGGAGUUUGCACUCUGUCACCAAUGGAUUCGUGCGGCUACCUUUUCUCCAGGGCCAGCGCUCUCGCCGCUUCACGGCCAUCACGUCUGUUCCUUAUGCGGCCGUAGUCGGGGUUACUCUCAGGUGCCGCUUCCCGUUGACGAGAAGCGUAGAGACCACGUCCGCAUAUCCGCACCAUCCUCAAAUGAAUAUACCAGGAAGUCAGAAGCGCUUUUUCAGACUCACUUUAUUAUCUAUCGUGGGCGCGCGCGCUGCGCAUCCGACAGAAGGGUUGUAAUUCCCAGAGAGCCAUGGCGCUCGUGCUCGGAGUAGCUGUGCAAAUGGCUAGAUGACGGAACUGGAUUUGCCAGGCUGUCCUUCCCAAUUUAAGCUAUGCCCUGACGCUAGUACCUCGCUGUAAUUUGGAUUCAUCGACCCUCCGACCCUCAAGGGAGGGAUUGUGCCUACCGCCCAGUCGGACGUGUCUUCGUCGGACUGAUAGGUUUUGCUUCGUUACCAUCAUCGUUUCGGCCCUAUGGGAUCGCAUAUUAGCAAUCCUGCCAGCAGUUCGGCUUAGCUUCAAGCGCAUGAAGUUGAGCGGAUGCUUUUGCACACCGUUCAAGGUGCGUGUGCGGCUUGUUCGUGAUGCCCUCAGCGCUUGUUCUAUUUGAAGUCUUAAUUCGAGGGAUAUGGAAUUCGUGAGCCCGCGCUAGUUGCACUGCGCCUAUUUCACGGGUUCAUCCCUGAAGCAUGCUGAGCUGUUUGUUCAGUUGUUUGCGAUUGCGCAUAGCACACUCAGGUGAUCUUGCUUCCUGCUAGUGAAGAGCUUGACCAGUCGAUUUCCGCAGAAUGGCACGCUCCGCGCAUCGCGUCGCAUCAUGUGUUUUCGUACCUGCGCGGGAGGUACUUGCCCCUGUGUGUACGUAUGAGCAAACGUGUCGGGCAUUCGUUGGCCGCGUCUCGAGCAAGCCACACCAGAUUUUGAUACGGGACGCUGGCGGUGCGGGGUGCGUGGGAAACACGAUGCGACUGCAACUGUUGCGGAUGUGCUGCUG